CCCAAUCUUACAAGGAAGUUUUACUCGCCAUGGCAUGGCGUUGAGUUCAACAACAAUUCGGGAAAAUGUCUUGGAUUUCCGCAUUUUAUAUUCCUAGUGGCCACUAAGAAUGGUCGCCGUUCCUGCAUUUCCAAUAUUUAAUUGCAGUCCUUUCAACCGCUCUGUCCUGGGACAUUAUCGACCGAAUCUCCAAGUCGUCGAAGUCAUAUUGCGCUGCAUCCGACUCGCCUCAUUUGGCUGGCUCUGCAUAACAAUAAUAAUAUUGGUCAGGAUUAGAAUAGAAAGGCAACCAGUCGAUUCUGCCGCUAAUUCGGACUUAACGUCCUUAAGAUCCCCCUUUAUAUAUUGUCCGUUUUCUCACGCAGGCCUCCGAUCCGGUCACCGUUUUGCGCUACCAUCGUCACUACAGCACAACAACAGCCGCUACACUCGCAGCUGUCUCCCAUUCAACAUUUCGACCUCAACGGCAUUCCAAGAUCCCCGCCCACGGCAUCUCGCAUGAUUGGUCCCCUCCCCCUCGCCGCAAGUGGUUCACCUUUUCUCAGAGUCCCGCCAUCAUUGGGCGGUUAGACGGUCGACAGGCCGACUUUCCCUCCGUCAGACCAGCCAGAGCCCCGAGUCCGAUUGCGGUUGGGCGGUUGAGUGAUGUGCAUCCGAGAAAUAUCGGCGGCGAGGACGCUGAUUGGCGGCGUUGCCGAUUGGGAAACUAGACAGUAGAAAGACCACGAUA